UGGAUCGUUUUUGAAGUACUCAUUGUCGGUACUUUUUGUUUCUUUUUAAACAUUGAUAUACAUUGAUAAAAAUUUUGUUAAGGAAGUACGAACUUGAUAAUUAAACAGAAGGUUAAUAGUUAUUAUAAGUCUACAUGAAUGACAACGAUUGAUGCGUGUUCGGUAACGGUUCACGUUUUUAGUUGAAAUGGAUUGUCGUUACCGCAACGAUUAUACAGUUCGUAAAAAGUCACACGUAUGUUCUGCUUCUAAAAUGUAUUAACAGUAAAAAAUAGUGCAUUACAUUAUCGGUACCUAUUGUAUUGUAAUGCCAUCGUUCGAUAGAAAUUGUAUUCUAUUCUAAAAUUGUGACAAGUUCAUAGCAUUCAUCAAACAAAACUUACGAGUACACUGUAUAAUUACAUAUUAUGCACUUUGAAGUGGAAUCUGUUCAAAAAUAUCCAACCACAAACAUGAAUAAGUCAAUGGAGGACUUGUUAAUAUACAAUCGUGAAGUUAUGACCGAGUUGGAAAAUCAGAAUCCAACAGCAACAAACAUAGGCAAUGGUAUAUCAGAUAAUGUACAAGAGAGUGGCGCAAGUGGAGAAAAGAAAGAUAGUCCAGUUUCAAGUCCAAAUUUAUCUCCACGCCCAAGUCCAAAAGUGCGUAAUAAACGAGAUCACUCCAAAACAAGUCAUGAUUCAAGUACCAAGGAAUCUAAUAGUGUCAACAAAUUGGAUGAUCAUCAACAACAACAAGAUAUAGCAAACAAAUCGUCAGAUUCUUCUCAGGCUGUGAAAAGUUCACACGAGGGUAAAAAAGAAACACGGAGUAGUGAACGAAAUAAAAAAAAAUCUUGGUAUCACGUUUUAUAUCCAACUUACAAGUCUAGAUCUGAUGAUUUUAGGCGUAUAUUUAAAGAUGUACCAGAUGAUGAAAGAUUAGUUGUCGAUUAUUCGUGUGCACUGCAACGUGAAAUAUUAGUUCAUGGAAGACUCUAUGUAUCUCAAAAUUACGUAUGCUUUUAUGCAAAUAUUUUUAGUUGGGAAACUUUAGUAUGUUUACGCUGGAAGGAUGUUACAUCUAUCACCAAAGAAAAAACUGCACUUGUGAUACCUAAUGCAAUUUUAAUAUGCACUGCCACUGACAAGUUCUUCUUGACAUCUUUCGGUGCAAGAGAUAAAACAUAUGUAAUGUUAUUUCGUGUAUGGCAAAAUGUUCUUAUUGGUGAGCCUAUGAGUGCAUCUGAAAUGUGGCAACUUGUACAUUCUUGUUAUGGAGAUGAAUUGGGUUUAACAUCGGAUGAUGAAGAUUAUGUUCCGCCGUUACCAGCACCUGAUGAAGAGAAGUUAUCAACAAGAUUAUCCGUAGAAUCAUUUUCCGAGGUAGAAAGUGGUAAUACAGAACAUGCAGUAACUCGAGUGCCAGAUACAAUCUCUGAAACAAAAGCAGAAGUUCAUCAUUUGCCUCGGCCAGACCCUAUUAUCGAUGCAACAGACCUAAGUGAUACAACAGAAAGUGAAGCAGAAAAGCAUGCAUUAAAAUUAGGCGUUCGAGGCAGUGUAGUGUGUACCUCACCACAUGAAGGCCGUCAAAUAAGCAAGGCUACAUUCCCUAUCCAUAUUGAUCAAUUAUUUACCUUGCUAUUUACAAACUCAAAAUUUUUCUUAGAUUUUCAAACUGCUCGUAAAACUACUGAUUUAGUACAAUCAGAAUGGACUCAAAACGAGCAAACUGGCCAGAAAGUUAGAAAUUUAUCGUUUACAAUAGCACUGUCUCAGGCUAUUGGACCAAGAACCUCUCAUAUUUCAGAAACUCAGAUAAUGUUACCAUGCAGCAGACCUGGUCAUUUAUACAGUAUUGAUGUAGAAAGCGUAAAUGCUGGAAUCCCAUAUGCAGAUUCAUUUUCUGUAUUACUCCAUUAUUGCAUUACGAGUGCUUCUGAGAAUGAAACAAGUAUCGCAAUUUAUGCUCAAAUAAAGUACAAAAAGAAUGUAUGGGGUUUUGUAAAAAGCGUUAUUGAGAAAAAUUGUUGGGCUGGAAUAGAUGAAUAUUUUACGAGCUUGAUAAAAGCACUAACGGUAGAAUGUGAAGAAACUACUGGAAGCGGAGGAGUGAAAAGAAAAGCAAGAAGACGACGUCGUGCCACCGGCCCUGGUAUUUCUUUACAAACUCAUUCUUCAGAUCAUACGUCUUCCGCUCUACAAAACUCUUUAAACAUGCCACAUAUUAAUGAUAAUACUGUUUCUGCUACUCGAGGCGACUCAAAUAUGAUAAUCAGUUCAAUGCUAUUAAUUGCUGUCUUAUGUUUGAUGGUAAUUAAUGGUUUAUUGUAUUAUAAAUUAUGGGGCUUAGAAGAAGCAGCAGCCUAUACUAUUAUGGAUUUACAUGUAUUAAAAAAUACACCAAAAACCGAAGAAGAUUGGAUUCACUUAUUGCAACAGCAAGAAAGUUUGCAUAAUAUAGAAAUGAGAAAAUGGCAAAGAGUAUUACAUACUGCUGCACAAUUACUUAGACAAACAGAGGAAUCGUUAACAGAAUUACAAAUGAGUAUUCAUCCAACUGCGACGGAAAAAAUGUUCUCUGUGUUAAAACCGAGCUUGAAAAGCUUUAAUUCACGUACAACAGAACAGCGAAGUCACUCAGAAAUGUAAAAAAGAAUUGUGUAAAAAUAUUCCGAUAAAAGUAACGUACACAAGUGCGCUCUGUGAUGAUGAUGAUGAUGAUGAUGAUGAUGAUUGUUGAUAACUCCAAAUGCACAACAAUACACACGCAAACUGUUUAUGAUCAAUAGGAAAUGCAAUUUAAAUUUGUUCGUUUUUAUUACUUUUAGUGUUUCUAGUAUGUUGUAUAUGUACGUAAAUUUUUUCCAUGUAGAAUACUAAAUUAAACUAAGUUAUAUUUUUAA